AUGACCUCGUCGCUGGCGUUGCCGAUGAGCCAGCUGAGCGACGUGGCCUUCCUGCCGAACGCGAAGGCCGGCACCUUCUUCGCCCGCGACAACGUGUCGAACUUCAUCGGCUGGUGCCGCAACAGCCUCGGGAUCAUCGAGUGCUUGCUGUUCGAGACCGACGAUCUGAUCAUGCGCAAGAACGAACGGCACGUGAUCCUCUGCCUGUUGGAGGUGGCCAGGCGUGGCGCGAAAUUCGGCAUGCUGGCGCCGAUGCUCGUGCAGAUGGAGAGGCAGAUCGACCGCGAGAUCGCCGCGGAGAACAAGGCGGCGAACGGUGCCCACGGGAACGGUGCCGGGAACGAGGAGAGCGACGACGAGUACGCCGACAUGCAACAGGAGGAGCCCUGUCUCAUUUACGGGCCCCAGCCGCAGAUCGUCACCAACGAUCUGAAGAGCCUCGACGAAAUGGUGAGUCGUUUGCUUGAUUUGAUUUAGAAAGAUGUAAUUUGCUCUUUCUCUCUCUCUCUCUCUCUCUCUCUCUUUUUUCUUUGGAGGGAAUUUUUAAAUUUUAACUUUUGUGUCUGGAUUUUUGUCUGGAUUUAAUUUCAAAUUUGUUCUAAAGACUUUGGUGUUUUGCGGUUCUAAACGCUAA